AUGUGUCUGCUCUUCCUUCCAGCCGAUCUUCUUCUCGAAAUACAAUCGCUUCUGAAGCCCUCCGACGUUUUAGCUUUGCAGUCGACUUGCACAUACUUCCGAGAUGCUGAGGUGCGCCGACUAGCAUGGCAGGAUGCUCUUCGACGCGUCAUCCAGGAGAACGAGGUUUUCCCUGCCACGUUCCCCAUAGAGAGCAUGUCUACUGUCGAACUCGCGCACGCAGCCCUAGCGCCGUCAAGAUUUCGCCACUUGAUCGAACGCAAUGGCACGAGCUCCAUGCCCUCUAGCAACUCUGACAUACCCCUCAUGAGCCCGCUUGCCAAAUACACCAUCACCCACCAAAUGCCUUCAUUCGACAAGUCCAAGAUGAAGUUGCUGCCUGGCGGUCGCUUCCUCCUUGCGUGGAAUCAAGACACGCUUCAUCUCUAUGACUUUGGCUACAGAACAGACAGCUCCUGGCAGAAGAACAAGGACCCCGUCUUCGCUCUCUCGGCUCAGAUGCUCACUGGCGUGAAUGACCUGGUACAGCAUUGGGAAUGUGACAUUCUGCACACUUUCGACCAGCAUGAUCUAGUCCUGUUCUUCACGUUCUUGGAUUCUGGCGCGGAUGACGCAACCUCCUCCAUCAUAAUCGCCUAUCGGAUCAACAAUAUAGGCACGAAGCCGUUUGGCAAGGAAAUGCGACGCUUUCUCACCUUGCCAUCCAUCGUGAAGGGCACAUCCUGCUGCUUGUGUGCGAGCACCUGUCAACUGGCCUUCAUAUGCAAAGACGAUGUCAUCCGAGUAUGGGACUACGCACGGAAUUCGGUCGCUUCUUUCCGCUCACAAUACUGGACUACAGGCAUGGUAAGGCUUGCAUUCACUACGUGCCGACUUCUGAGCAAUAAUUAA